AUGCCACCAAGUCCACCGCAAUCGAUGGGAGCGAGAACUGACGAAGAUGCUCUGCGCGAUCAGAUGCAGUACCUCAACAUGGGCAAUCCCUCUCAGGUCCUGGGCAGAACCAUCUCUUCAACAUCAAGACAUCCACCCACCACUCUAGGACGCAUGAACACCAUGAGCACUCUCACGACUGUUCUGGAGGAUGCCGCGGAGGAGGGCAAUCUGGACAUGGUCGAGGCCGUUAUUGACCUCGGCGCGGAUCCAAUCUACCGCUCAACAGGAAAGAUGAAGAAAGUGAAACAUGAAGCAUUAGCUAAAGCGACCGCUGGUGGACAUGCUUGGGUCGUGGACUAUCUGCUCUCGAAAGGAGCUACCUAUGGCGAAGCACAGAAAAAGAGCGCGUUCACACCAAUGGAUCGGGUCUUGCUCGGUGCCGCGUAUAAAGGUCAUGCUGAACUAGUUAGCGUUCUUAUCGUCGUUUAUGGCGCGAAUCCGAUGAUCGAGCAAUGGCCAAGGGAAAUGGAUGACGCACAGCAGUAUUGGAACGAGAAGCAUUUGAGGCUUGCCAAGACGAGUGUGAUGGACGGCAUAUCCCAUUGGAAGAACGAAGAUCAAGGACUUAGCGUGCUGAGAGUAAUCAUGCAGAGUUCAAAGUUCGAUCCGACAAUGUCCGUGUCAGGGGUGUUCGACAACAGGAGUGAGCUUCAGAGUGCCGAAUUCGCGCAUCGACCAUGGCAAACCACAUACGAGUAUUCAGCAAUGGCAUGCUUUGUGCGAGCUGGCUGGGCAGAUGCUGUUGAAGCUCUGCUGAGCAUAAACAGCUCACCUCAAGAUUACGAAAAGGAAGACGAAGUGCUGCAAUAUCAAGACCGCAUGACGCGAUACAUCUCUCCCGUCAACGCACUCACCAAAGACACCUGGGAACAGCGGCCAGAAGAUGCGCUCCGCAUACUCCGCCUCCUCAUUGACAAAGGCUUCAACGUCAGUCUCGCCCAACACACCGCAAACGAUAUCGGUAAACGCACACCUCUCGCCCGUGCCCUGGUAGCAAACGCAUCCCAAGCCGUCGACCUCAUCGCCCAAUCCCGCCCCGAACUCGUCAAAGAAGUCAUCUCCUUCCGCCGCAAUAAGAAAGAAACAAAAGCCCAACCCCUCGCCACCGCCAUCGCGCUCGAGAAACUCGAAACCGCUCGCGUCCUGCUGCGUGCCGGUGCUCAUCCCCGAGAUCCCGCGUUCGAUAUGAACGUACUGCAAUUCGCGGCGCAUCAAGGUGGCGAGACAGGAACAGCUAUGCUCGCGGAAAUGCUGCCCCUCGCGCCUGAACUCACAUACGCCGCGCUCGAUACUGCCAUAAGUCGAACAAAUAAAGACUGCGUACGCGUCUUGCUCGAUUACAUCUCCGCAGCUGCAUCACGCAACGAAGUGGCCGCCCUACCUGCCAUUUGGGACAUGUUACUUCCGCUCCCUGAAGACGCCGAAACACAAACCAAUUACCUCGACAUCAUCGAUAUGGUGCUUCGCGUUACCCCGGCCCCAGCUUCCCGCUAUCCUGGCGGCGAUUAG